AUGAUGUUGAUAAAGACGACGAUGAUGGUGAUAACUUUAGACGAGGAUGAUGGUGAUAAAGACGACGAUGAUGGUGAUAAGGACGAGGAUGUUGGUGAUAAGGACGAGGAUGAUGUUGAUAAAGAUGACGAUGAUGGUGAUAAAGACGACGAUAUUGGUGAUAAAGACGACGAUGAUGGUGAUAAAGACGACAAUGAUGGUGAUAAAGACAAGGAUGCUGAUACUAAAGACGAGGAUGUUGAUAAAGACGACGAUGCUGGUGAUAAAGACGACGAUGAUGAUACUAAAGACGACGAUGAUGAUGACGAGGAUGUUGAUAAAGACGACGAUAUUGGUGAUAAAGACGCCGAUGAUGGUGAUAAAGACGACGAUGGUAGUGAUAAAGACGACGAUGAUGGUGAUAAAGACGAGGAUGAUGGUGAUACAGACGACGAUGUUGGUGAUAAAGACGACGAUGUUGUGAUAAAGACGACGAUGAUGGGAAACAAUCUACUAUAG